AUGAAAGCCGUUAUCUAUACUGGCGACAACAAGAUUGUAAUCGAAUAUCGUGCAAAACCCGUCAUUUCGGAGCCCACCGAUGCUAUCGUUAGGGUACUGCAUACUACGAUAUGCGGGACAGACCUGCACAUUCUACAAGGCCACGUUCCAUCAUGCACACCAAAUCGCAUCAUCGGCCAUGAAGGAGUCGGCAUCAUCGAGACUCUCGGCGCCGCUGUUACGAACUUGACCGUCGGCCAAAUGGUAAUCAUCUCCUGCAUUACCAGCUGCGGGACCUGCCAUUACUGCCGCAAGAAGAUGCCCUCUCAGUGCGAGUCCGGCGGUUGGAUUCUCGGAAAUAAGAUUGACGGCACCCAAGCCGAGUAUGUCCGCAUUCCUCAUGCGCCGUUCUCGCUACAUCGAUUACCGGAAAGCAUCGAUCAAAAAGUCGCGGUCACCCUGUCUGAUACGGUCCCGACUUCUUAUGAAUGUGGGAUUCUGAAUGGUGGGAUUCAGCCUGGGUCGACUGUGGCGAUCAUAGGUACUGGCCCGAUUGGGUUGAUGAUCCUCCAGAUGGCGAGGAAUCUGUUCGGUCCGUCGAUGACGACGGUCGUGGGGAGGGGUGCUCCCAGACUUGAGACGGCCAAGUCAAUGGGCGCCGAUCAUACGUUCAGUAUGCUCGAUGGACAUGAUGCUGUGAUGUCUUCAGCUCUAGCGGUAACCAAGGAGCGAGGGUUCGAUGUGGUUAUUGAAGCGGUGGGGACCCCAGAGUCUUUCGAGACGGCACAGGCGCUGGUAGGCGCUGGGGGCACUAUUGCCUCUCUAGGUGUCUUUGGCGAGUCGUGCGAGUUGCAUUUGGAAAAGCUAUGGAACCGCAAUAUAUGCUUGAGGACUCGGCUUAUUGACGCUAUUAGCACCCCUGAUCUGCUUAAAAUGGUGGAGGCUGGUGGGAUCGAUCCUAAUUUUUUGAAUUAUUUACCCUUGUUGAUGCUGAUCAUGGUGGCAAGUUUCGAAUUUGACGAUAUUCACAACGCCUACGAAGCAUUCGAGGCAUCUUCGAAGCAUGGAGCCCUGAAGGUGGUAGUAACCAUGCCUGGGCUUAGUAUGAAUGGUUCUUCUUGA